CGGGAGGAGGCUGCUUGUGCUCCGCAGUCCGAGGCCGGCUCAGCUCCGGCCUGUCCCGCUCCGGUCCGAGACGCCGAGAGUCCGAAGCAGCUCAGGGGGGCACCUGCCCGCACCCGGUCCCGGAGGCGGAGCGAGGCGUGCGCCUGGCAGCCAGGCGAGUUAUUGGCAGGAUGUGGAAGGUGACCAUCCUGCUGCUGCUGCUGGCCCUGGAGCCCAGUGAAGGCGUUUUCCGCUCCCUGUACAGAGGUUUUCGCGUCUGUAGCCCAAGCUAUGGAGACCCUGGGCAGCCGCUAUUCCUCACGCCUUACAUCAAAAGUGGGAGAAUUCAGGAAGGCAAGCAGUUGAGUUUGGUCAGCCCAUUCCCAGGAGUCAACGUGAAGAGUUACUCUGGCUACCUCACUGUGAAUGAAACCUAUAACAGCAACCUCUUCUUCUGGUUCUUUCCAGCUCAGGAAAAUCCCAGUGACGCCCCCGUUGUGCUCUGGCUCCAAGGUGGACCAGGGGGAUCCUCGAUGUUUGGACUCUUUGUGGAACACGGACCUUACGUUGUGAACAAGAACCUUACAGUUCGAGCACGGGAUUUUCCUUGGACUGCGAAGUUUUCCAUGUUGUACAUCGACAACCCAACCGGCACCGGCUUCAGCUUUACCGCUGACGCCAGAGGAUACGCAACCAGCGAAGAUGACGUAGCAAGAGACUUACACAGUGCACUCACUCAGUUUUUCCAGCUGUUUCCAGAAUACAGGAAGAAUGAUUUCUACGCCACUGGAGAGUCUUAUGCAGGGAAAUAUGUGCCUGCCAUUGCCCAUUACAUCCAUCUCCUCAAUCCCACAGCCAAGGUCAAGAUCAACUUGAAAGGUGUUGCUAUUGGUGAUGGCUUUUCGGAUCCAGAAUCAAUCAUAGGAGGCUACGCGGGAUUCCUGUACCACAUCGGUUUGUUAGAUGAGAAGCAGAAAAAAUACUUCCAGAAACAAUGUGCUGAGACCAUCAAGUACAUCAAGGAGGAGAACUGGAAGAAAGCCUUUGAAAUUUUUGAUAGCCUGCUGAACGGUGACUUAACAAGUUAUCCUUCGUACUUCCAGAAUUCUACAGGAUGUUCUAAUUAUUUUAACUUUUUACAGUGUCAGGAACCAGAAGAACAAAACUACUUUGGGUAUUUUCUGUCAAAGCCAGAAGUGAGAAGAGCCAUCCACGUGGGCAACUUGACUUUUCAUGAUGGUUCUGAAGUGGAAAAGCACAUGUGGGCAGAUUGGUUCAAGUCGGUGAAGCCAUGGUUAACCGAGAUCAUGAAUAACUACCGGGUGCUCAUCUACAGUGGGCAGCUCGACAUCAUAGUGGCGGCACCCCUCACCGAACGCUCCCUGAUGGCCACCAACUGGAAGGGACUCAGCGAUUACAAGAAGGUGGACAGGAAGGUUUGGCGGGUGCACAGCUCUGACGUGGACGUGGCCGGUUACGUGCGGCAGGUUGGGGAUUUUCACCAGGUGAUCGUUCGAGGUGGAGGACACAUCUUACCCAAUGACCAGCCCCUACGGUCUUUUGACAUGAUCAACCGCUUUAUUUUCGGAAAAGGAUGGGAACCCUACUGAUGGCUACAGAAAUCCUGAGAAGCGUCUAGGGGGUUUACUUCUCAAGGUGAAAUGCGGAAAACGCAAAAGAAUCUGUGAUUUCUAGAAGUCUGUUUCUAUUACUAUAUCUUCACUAUGAUUUUGUAAUUGAUGGGAAAAUGAUCAUUUUAUUGGUUAAAAACAAACUUCAAACAAAUGUUGAUUUGUCUUUCCUUCCCCGAAAAUGAACUUUAAGAAAGCAUUCUUCAGGAUCAUGGGAUUUGUUUUAAAGUUAAAACGAGUUGUGAAAAGAAGCCUGGAUGGAGCUAGAGACUAGAUCUACAAUUUUUGCUCUACUACCUCAUCGCUGGAUGACCUUAGACAGCAAUUUAUAUGACCCCUGUUAAACCUCAGGCUCCAUGUCUGUAUACAGUGGCAGGGACAAGGGAGGGGGAAAUGUAUUCUUUGUGUAAACUUUGCUUCCUAAGAGAUGUGAUUUAUUAUUAUACUAUGACGUUUAUUUAAUUGGGGAACGAUGGUUCUGGAGAAAUCAGGGAAGAUUUGUAUGAACUCAUGCAAAAUGAAGUGCACAAAACCAAGAGAACAAUUUCUAUAACACAACGUUGUAAAAGCAAUUAAAAAAAAAAAACAUGAACUCUGAUCAGUGCAGUGAUCAACCCUGAUUCCAAAAGAUCAGUGAUGAAGAACGUGAUCCAUCAGAGAGGCAACAUAGAGGAGACCCACCCAAGAUCUAGAAUGAGACGUGGUUGGAUGUGGUGAAUAAAGGGAUUUGUUUUACUUGA